GUUGAAGCAGAAGGCAGGGAAAAGCUAAGUGGUCAAAGGAAGUUGGGCUCUCCUCCCACCCUCCCUCUCUCCCGCCCUCCUACUCUAAUACAUCUCAUACAUAUUAGCAAACCUUUAAUCUGACGGUACACAUCACAAAGUCACUCACCAAGACUCUGAGCUCAGACGCAUUUUGCAACGCAUUCUGUAGCCUACGUUUUAAGCUGGUGUUGAGCAGUAACAGUGCUGGCUUGUGUUUCACCAACUUUCCGUGUCGCUGAGAGACAAGGGACCGGCUUGGCCAUAGUGCGGCUGCAUCCAUCGCAUCAAUAAACAGUCUGACCAAAUCUGGAUUCUAUUUGCAGAGAAACAAGAGGAGCGACUUGGACAACCUAAAAGAAAAGUACAACAGAAAGCAGAGGACCAGUUGUGCACCGCAAAUCGGAUGUUUAAUUUAUGCUUGCCAUUUCUUAAUCCAAGUCAAAAGUGCUAGGACUCAUCUGGGCCUGAAAAGUGUAACUUUUCAACGCAGUUUUCUUGGAGCAGAGGUCUUCAAUAUGAGCAAGCCUGCUGGUUCAACAAGUGGUUGUCUGGAUAUUUUAAAUGUCAAAUCCAGUCGGAUUCUGGACAUUCCAUGCAAAGUGUGUGGAGACCGAAGUUCUGGAAAGCACUACGGGGUUUAUGCGUGUGAUGGCUGCUCGGGUUUUUUCAAGAGGAGCAUAAGGAGAAACAGAACGUAUGUCUGCAAAUCUGGCACACAGGGUGGCUGUCCAGUAGACAAGACACACAGAAAUCAGUGUCGCGCCUGUCGCUUGAAAAAGUGUCUAGAAGUUAAUAUGAAUAAAGAUGCAGUGCAGCACGAGAGAGGACCAAGAACGUCAACCAUUCGAAAGCAGGUGGCACUGUAUUUCCGAGGCCAUAAAGAGGUGAACGGCUCGUCGACCCAUUUUCCAUCCACGUCUAUCCCGGGGCCGCCGUUCUUCACAACAGUCACGCAGCUGGAGCCUCACAAUUUGGAGUUAAACACGGUCACAAGCACACCAGAACGGCAGGCUAUUGUAGGACUCGCCCAACCCACACCGAAGUAUCCUCAUGAAGUUAGUGGCACUCCCAUGUACCUGUAUGAAGUGGCGACAGAGUCUGUGUGCGAAUCAGCCGCGCGCCUGCUCUUCAUGAGCAUUAAAUGGGCCAAGAGUGUUCCGGCCUUCUCCACGCUACCUCUACCUGACCAGUUGAUUCUUUUAGAAGACGCGUGGAGGGAGCUGUUCGUGCUGGGCAUCGCGCAGUGGGCCAUUCCAGUGGACUCCAGCACUCUCCUAGCCGUUUCAGGAAUGAACACCGAGAACACAGAUUCCCAGAGGCUAAACAAAAUCAUCUCCGAGAUCCAGGCGCUGCAGGAGGUCGUGACGCGUUUCAGACAGCUCAGACUGGACGCGACGGAGUUUGCGUGCCUCAAGUGCAUCGUCACCUUCAAAGCAGUUCCAACACACAGUGGUUCGGAACUGAGGAGCUUUCGUAACGCUAGUGCCAUUGCAGCCCUUCAGGACGAAGCCCAGCUGACUCUAAACAGCUACAUCCAUACCAGGUACCCCACUCAGCCGUGCCGCUUUGGGAAACUGCUGUUGCUCUUGCCUGCUCUACGUUCAGUUGGUCCAUCCACCAUUGAAGAGGUGUUCUUCAAAAAGACCAUCGGAAACGUGCCCAUCACACGACUGCUUUCAGACAUGUACAAAUCCAGUGAUAUAUGAGCUACUGAGAGACAAAGAAAAGAAACAAAAUGUAUCUUUGACCUUGGCAUUCACAUGGACGCCGUGGAUGAUACCAGAUGCCCUAAUAAUGUGAUUCUUCACGCACUUGUUUGGUGAAUAAAGCUCUACCAAUGUCAAGAUGUUACGCAGGGAAAGUUUAAAACAGACUGCAUCUCUAAAAGUUGAGCUCACUGCUUAGAACGAAAAAUGAAUUUUUAACCAGUAAUUUUCUAAUUGAUUUAAUCUAUUUAAGGUUGUUUAUGGAAGUAACUUAACAAGCUUAAUCUGUUCUUGUUCUAUCAAGAUUUAAAUACAAAAUGAUCUUAGUUUGUAGUCAUAUUUGAACGGAGUGUCUGUUAUGUACAAUCAUUCAUUUCAAAAUGGGACGUUUUAUUGUGUCCAAUUCACCAACUACCUUCAUGACCAAUGCUGUUUUGAUCUCAGCACCACUAUUAUUCGUAUGUCCACGAGAACUUUGAAGGAAACCAAAAAAAAAGAAAGAAAAAAAAAAGAAACCAUGAGGUAUGUUACAGGGAAGUAUGUCGCUGUCCCUUUGACAUAGUGCUGAAAACCAAAGGCCCAUGAGUCAGAACUGAAGAGCAAGUUCAUUCCUGUCCUGCCUUCCAGCAGAAGCUCCAACUUUAAUCAAAAACACUUGAACCAGCUAAUUAGGUUUACUUGAAAUGCAUGCUUUAAGAUUGGAAUUAAACUUAGCAGGAAGGCAGCAGGACUGAGCAUUACUGACCUGAUGAAUCACAUAAUUACCUAUUGAGGUGACUGGGAGGCCACAGCACCCACAGCUUGUGACCUUUAAGAUUAGGGUUCAAAGGAAGGCCAUUUCAAAUCCUCUGGAUAUAUUUCUGUCGGCAUUGAGAGUUUUCUGUGUGGCCACUCUGCAAAUGUAAUUUUAUUGAUUGAUUUUUUUUAUUGAAAGCCGUUUCUGCUCAUACUUGGCCCAUGUCAGGGGUCAUCAUUUAAAACCCUUGUUUGACUAGCUACUAACCAUGGAAAAGAGACACGAUCAGCACUUGGAUUUUGUUUUUUUGUUUUUUGUAGUCUGUAAAUACAUUUCUCGUUGUACAGUGAUAAUUUUUGUGAAAGUUGUUCUAAGAUAUUAGAAUAAAUAUUGAAUAUUGAUUGCCUGUUUCUUCAA